GUUGACACACGCGUUGUGUUUUGUUCAUUUGCUGAGUUGUUUUACUUUAAUUUUUAUUAUUUUUUCUACGGUUUUUAAUAAAAUGUUUAGUAGACACACGGAUAGAGUGAAUCUGGCAUGACUCCUAUUCGAUAAAAAUAAAUCCCGGAAAUCAGGACCCUUAGCACACACAGUACCAGUUCUACGUUACCCGUUGGUGGUAUUGUGUUUUUCGUUAGGUAGGUAACGAUAUAAUUCGUAAAUUGAUUUUUAUGAGUGUACAAACAUUUUAUGCUGGCGCAUUAUUUAUUUGUCAACUUCAAAAAUGGAUAAAAAUAUUUAUGGAAAACUACAGCCUCAACAAUAUCAUGGCACAUAUCAACCGUAUAGAUGUACACGAAAAAAUGGUUCAAAACCAGGAUAUGCAUUGCUUGCGGAUCUGCAAAGCACAAUACAGCAGACCAACAAAUUAAACGGUGGCGUCAACGGAGGAUAUGGGAGUAUUAAUGGCGUUCGGUCUCGAUUGCCUUCUGCUGGUUCACCGAUUGCACAUAGUCCAGUUCAACCACCUGAAUAUGCUACGGUUCGAUCUCACAAGAUUGAAAGGUCAACUUCAAAUCCUGCGGUUCGACAAGAACUAUCGCCAACACAACCUAGGAAUGAAUUUAAAUCAUCAAAAAUGACAUCUUCGUUGAACAAUAAUCUUUCUGAACUUGACACAUUACUUCAAGAUCUUAGCAAUUCCCGCUAUGCAGAUAAAAAAUUAGCUAAUGGAGAUUCCUAUUCUAUUCCAAAAAAGACAGCAAAUAUUCCAACACGUCCAUCAGUAGAUUCUCUUCUAGAUGAAUUGGAUUCAUCACUUUCUUCAAAAAGUAACAACGGACAAUUGAUUUCAAAAAUGAUGAUGGAAGAAACCACUACCACAACUACUCGUACUGUAUGUCCAACUGCUUCUUCGGCUACUCGAGAACUAGAUGAUUUAAUGGCUUCGCUAUCUGAUUUUAAGGUGUCCAGCCCGGUGCGGGCUAGCUACGCUACAGAAUCAGCAGACUCGGCAGCACCGCGUUUGGACUGCAUGCUCGGCAGCCUCACAGCCGAGAUGAACAGACAAGGUGUGAACACUACUCAGAAGGGAUGCUGCACGGCGUGCGACAAGGCUAUCGUCGGGCAGGUGAUCACGGCGCUGGGCAAGACUUGGCACCCGGAACACUUCACGUGCAACCACUGUUCCCAGGAGCUGGGCACGCGCAAUUUUUUCGAGCGCGAGGGACGGCCGUACUGCGAACCGGAUUAUCACAACCUGUUCUCGCCCAGAUGCGCUUACUGCAACGGACCCAUACUCGACAAAUGCGUGACGGCCCUGGAGAAGACCUGGCACACCGAACACUUUUUCUGUGCCCAGUGCGGCAAACAGUUCGGCGAGGAAGGAUUCCACGAGCGCGAAGGCCGCCCUUACUGUCGAGACGAUUACUUCGACAUGUUCGCGCCCAAGUGCGGAGGGUGCACCAAGCCCAUAAUGGAGAACUACGUGUCUGCCCUGUCCACCCAAUGGCAUUCCAGCUGUUUCGUCUGCCGGGACUGCCGUAUGCCGUUCGUCAGUGGUCAGUUCUUCGACCACGAGAGCCAGCCCUACUGCGAGACGCACUACCAUGCCAAGCGUGGGUCGCUGUGCGCCGGAUGUCACAAGCCGAUUGCCGGCCGUUGCAUAACGGCCAUGUUCAAGAAGUUCCAUCCGGAGCAUUUCGUGUGCGCCUUUUGCCUGAAACAGCUCAAUAAAGGAACGUUCAAAGAACAAAACGAGAAACCGUACUGUCAUUCGUGUUUCGAGAAGCUGUUCGGAUAGACCGGCGCAGGCGAUGCAUGACACCGUCUCAUUUUAAUAUGAUGAUGAUUGACGACGACGGAUCGAUAUAAUUAUUGUAUCGUAAUGAUAAUAUUGUAAUAUGAUCAUGCGUAAUACGAUACGAUCACGCCACCGUCGGUUUUAUAGAGCAAUAAAUAACAUGUGUAUUUUGUACGACCUACAAAUUUACCCAACCUCGUUAAAAUUUUCGUUUACUAUCAUGACAUAACCACCUCCUUGUAAUUUAUCAUAUGUUUUGAACUCCGUCAUCUCUCAUGAAAUAGCCAUUACCUAUGCCUUAUAACAUAUUUGUUUUUCUUUACUAACACGAUUUAUAUACUUGUAUUAUUAUUAUUAUUAUUAUUAUGAUUAUUAUUA